AUGCAAGAAUUCCAUGAAACGGCCAAAACAAGAGUUGAAGAGCUGCAAGAAAAAAAUAAGAAUAAAACUAUCCCAACAUUCUCUUGGGAAAAAAUCCGUGGCUCAGGAGCGACUGCAGCUGAAAACCAGAAAGUCGACGAUCAAGUUCUGACGUUCAUUCAACUAUGUCACCAUUGGUUCCCUAAAAUCACCAAAAUUGAAAAAGUACCAAUCUUGUUUUGGAAAAGAAAUGGCGAAGCAGCAAAGUCCAGAGUAUUCGGAGAUUACAUCGAUAAAAUGUUUUAUGGCACUUCUAAUAAUGCUUUAAAGAACAUCAUCAAAGAGGGAUUCAGAAUGCCAGAUCCAAGUCCUCCACCUUCCAAACGUGGUAUGUAUGGACAAGGAAGCUACUUUGCUACGGAUUCCUCCAAGAGCGCACAAAAGUUUUACACGCAAGGCUCUCAGAAGCUUCUUCUGUGUCAAGUUAUUCUUGGAAGAUCGAAGGAAGUCCAUGAGCCUGACUACAGUUUGAAUAAGAAAAAGGUCCGAUCCAAUAAAUUCGACUCUGUGUAUGCUCCGCUAGGAUCAGCUAUGAAGAAUGAUGAAUCUGUAAUCUUUGAUCCAGACCAAGCGCUGCCACAGUAUAUCAUUCAUUUCUCUGAUACCGUUACGCCACCAUCUCCAUCAACUCUUAAUAUUGAGCACACAUUUACAGUAAAGAACAUGGUACCGUUACGGACCGUAGACAUCCGAGAUCCAUUCCAAAUGUACUACAGUUUGGCCAACUCUCACUUCAGAAGAAUGGCCAUCUCGAGAAAACCACCUCUUUCUUACCAUUUUAUCCAUUGAUAUCGUCAUCAACAAGGAUCAGACAGAUCAGGAUGAAGACAAGUUUGACGCAACGAAGAAGAAGUUUAAGAGCCAAGGCAUUCCUGACAUUCUUGCUUAUCAUGGAAAAAUAUAG